UUGUUUGCUUCUGCUUUCUGUAGUUUUAUUUUGAAAAGACAGCUAAGGACACAACCGGAAGUGCGCCCCACAGUGUACUUCACCGAUUGGCUAGCGGCGAAAUUUGAAAUGCUACGCGCUCGAUGUUGCGUUGGCUGCUGAAGGAUGAGGGUGAAGCAGUUAACCGCUUCGCAAGGAAAAGAAAAAGAACAUUUCAGUAACUAAAAAAAAAAAAAGAACAAAUCUUUUGGCAUUUCUAGAGUCUUCCAUUCCUCCAGGAAACCAUGGACACUUCGGCGUUCAGCCUUCAAGGCUUUUUUGAUAAGCUGAGGACUCAGAUUGACCUUCUCAAUGACAACAUUGAGCCCAACUUCAUUCAGAUGGCUCGAAACUUUGAUGACUGCCGCCGCAAAUGGCUGAACACCGAGCAGGAGCUGGGGGCCAUCAAGGAGAUGCUGAGAACCGCAGAGAUGGAGAGGGGGGCGCUGGAGGUCAAACUGAAACACGCCCGCAACCAAGUCGACGUGGAGAUCCGGCGGCGGCAGAAGGCCGAGUCCGACUGCGACUCUCUGGACCGUCAAAUUCAGUUGAUCCGGGAACUUUUGACCAGUGAGGGGUCCUCCAACAGCAUCCAGCUGAGUGCGGAGCAGCGAUCUGCGCUGGCGUUCCUUCACACUAACGGUCAAGGGGCGACCAACCUGAAUUCCAGUCGAAGACUCGUGACCAUAGAUGAGUCCGCCUCUAUCUUGUCAGAUAUCAGCUAUGACAAAACCGACGACUCUCUUGACUGGGACUCCUCCGCGGUGAGGACAGUGCGCCUCAAGAAACGAGAAAAAAGGCGCUCCUCAAGAAAUCAAGUGGAUGGACCUCCAUCAUCUGCUAAAAGGUCUCGAUCUACAGGCAGAGCUGCAGAAAGGGCCAAUGAGACCCUCGUCACAACAACAACUGUCACCGUCCCUGCGAACGGGGGGCCUGUGGAGGCAGUUUCUACCAUUGAAACUGUUCCGUAUUGGACUCGAAGCAGGAGAAAGACGGCUGCCAUCCAGGAGGACUCUGAAUCUCUCAGGUCUGAGGACGUUUUUAAAGCGCCGGCUAACCCCGAUGGAGACCCCAGAGCCGAGCCCAGCACUCCACAGAGCAAGGGAGCCGUCCGUCCGCAUGAGUUUGUCUCUAAAACCGUCAUUAAGCCUGAAUCCUGCGUGCCGUGUGGAAAAAGGAUCAAGUUUGGCAAGAUCUCGCUGAAGUGUCGGGACUGCCGGGUGGUGUCGCACCCUGAAUGUCGAGAGCGGUGUCCCCUCCCAUGCAUCCCCAAUCUGGGAGGCACGCCAGUCAAAAUUGGAGAAGGCGUCCUUUCAGACUACGUUCCAGACUCUUCACCAAUGAUUCCUUCCCUCGUGGUCCACUGCAUCAGUGAGAUUGAACAAAGAGGCCUGCAUGAGGCUGGCUUGUACCGGCUGUCUGGUGCCGAUCGGACGGUAAAGGAGCUGAAGGAGAAGUUUCUCCGCAGUAAAACCGUUCCUGUGCUCAGCAAGGUGGACGAUAUCCACGCCAUCACGGGCCUCCUGAAGGACUUUCUGAGGAACCUGAAGGAGCCUCUUCUUACCUUCCACCUCAACCGAGCUUUCAUGGAUGCCGCCGAAGUUUCGGACGACGACAACAGUAAAGCUCUCAUGUACCAAACAAUCACCGAGCUACCGCAGCCUAACAGAGACACGCUGGCUUUCCUGGUCCUUCACCUGCAAAGAGUUGCAGACAGUUUGGACACCAAGAUGGACAUCAGUAACCUGGCUCGGGUUUUUGGACCAACCCUUGUUGGCCAUGCAGUUCCCAACCCAGACCCAAUGACGAUUCUGCAGGAUACCAAACGACAGCCUAAAGUUGUUGAGCGGCUGCUGAGUCUGCCGGUCGAUUACUGGGCUCAGUUUGUGAUAUCAGAGACCGAACAGCCAAACUUGGAUCAACUGAUCAUCGAGAACGCCAACUGCUACGCCACCCCCGAGAGAAUGAGCAUUCUCGGACCUCUGACCACUCCAGAGCACCAGCUAAGCAAAACCCCCUCCUCCAGCUCGUUGAGUCAGCGCAUGAGGUCCACGCUGACUCCCAGAUUUGGCAGUAAAAGCAAAUCGGCUGUUGGGUUUUCUCACCAAGGAAAGUUCUUCUCCUCUCCACUCCUCAAAUAAGACACAACACAAUAAACGGAUCGGCUUUUCUUACAAAAACUUUGUUUCAAAACAUGUUGAAUUGUGGAUUUUGAUUGUUUUGUGUUUUUUUAAGUUUAAGUUUUAUCCGUACACACCAGCACACCAUUACCGUUGUUGCAUUUGCUCAACGGUGAAGAAGUUUCACUUCAGGUCAGAACACACAGGAAUGUACCAUUUUCAAGGAGAUGCGUUUGUCCAUUAAUGUACUGUAUCCACAGCUUCCAUAUGCAAACAUUUCAGUUCUUCAGCUCAUGUCUUACUCAGAAGCUGAAGACGUCACUUUUUUGGCAUUUCAUUAUGGAAGUAAUCGAAUGUGCAUGAUUUAAUUGUUUCGAUGUUUGUAUUUCUUACUUUUUUUUGUUCAUUUGGAUUGUCCUCUUUAGCCAGUGAUUUGUUAUGAAAAUGCUUUUAGAAUUAUUUACUCAAAAACUAUUGUCAUGCAUCCACAUUUGGACCUCCAGUAGGUUUCUUUUGUGAGCUGGGCAUUUUUAUUUUUGUCCCAGAAAAUGGCCAAAAAAACUUAAAUGUUUGCACUGCAGGCCAGACAUUAGCUUCAUCUUCCUCCUCUGGUGUUUAUUUCUCCUUGUAAUGUUUGUACUGUGGGCGGCUGAUUUGGAGGAAUCCCAUGGAAAAGGCAAUUAUUUUGUUUAAGCCAGUUCGGUCAUUGAGGCAUUAUUUGGUUGUUAAUCAACAGGUUUUAAACAGUCUGCUCUCUAAAAUGCAUGUAACUUAUAAAUACAUUUCAGACCCUA